AUGGUUCUGGUGGUCAUGCACUUAGUGGUCAGGUCAGCUUCAGCCAAGCUACGAAAGUACUACGACGACGGCGACGACGACGACGACUACGACUACGACUACUCCAUCAAGAACAAGAACGACAAACAAGCUGCAGAAAAAAACCAGUAUCAAAUGAAGUUGAUCACUUUUAUUCUGGACCAAGCUGGAAUUAAUAACGUACUUUGGGGCUACAUUAUAGAGCGGCUCCUCCAAGAAGAUAUUGGGACGUGCAUUGAUUACAUCGUUCACGAUGGCAUGGCCGAGAAAGCAUGCCAGACCCUUCUGGCUGCGGGGUUCAUGCCAUGCAGACACGGGGAACAAUGUUGGAAGACGCAUAAUAGAGACGGGCCGGUGGCUGCAGCACAUGUGCACAUAGAGGAAACCAGAUUAUUGGGUCACGAUAUACCUGUGGCGUUCUGGGACAAGUCAUCUCUUCUUUUCGCCUUUCCCGAAUUACCGUCGUCUCCUCCGUCGUCGGAUGAUCCGUACUACAUGCCAAUCAGAAUCCCAUGGACCUACUACGAUAAUACGUCGCAGCGCCCUCCACUGGAUUUGACUCCUGUAAGGAUGAUCAGGCCGGUCAAAAUAGUUGAAGCCCUGAUAUGGCUUGUGUGUCGGGACCGGAAUCCCAAUGAGCGAUUGGAACGGGGGUGGGAGCGUGAGUGGCAGGAUGUCUUGGAAUCCUGGGUGCAAAAAGCUCCAGGGCUUGCUGAGCAUGGGCUUUUUUGCCGGAACGAAUUGCGACCCGACUUUCUGCCUCUUUGGGACUACCUCUGUGGUGGUGAAGAUGGACAGACCCGCAAGCAGCAUCGCGCACACUAUUUGGAGCUCCAAGCCAAGCUUCGUGCGGAGGAUGCUCUUCCACGCACACCGCAACCAAAAAGGAGAACAUUAAAGCGACUGACCCAAAUUAUCGACUAUCAUUCGGAGAUGGAGUACCAAAAGUGCCUGAAACGCUACAGCGGCAAUACCCCUUUCCUUGACGAUGAGUAA